AGGGCGGGGACAACUCACUUAUGGGAAGAUUAGCCCCACCCAUCUCUGUGGCCCGGGCCGGCUGCGCGCGCAGAUAUCGAGCGGAGCGUGCCGGAGGACUUCCCAGCGUUUAGGUCUCAGAGUCCUGCUACCUACCCCGACGUAAUACACCACCCUGACGUCACCUUUCCCUGUGUGACGUGACGCAGAGCAUGAUCCUUGGGCCUCUUUGUCCCUCCUGACCAAGGUGUACGGGCAGGAUGGCCUCGCCCCUUAGGAGCAAGUCCUCCGCCCCGCGAGUGGAAAACACCCGCCACAAGGAGACAUCGACUGUCCGCGUGGAAACGUCGUCCCACCGCGAGGAAACGUCAUCCCACCGCGUGGAGACGUCCUCCCGGCAGGUUCGAACGUCUUCCCGGCAGGUGGAGACCUCCCAGCGCCACCGAGAGGGGCCCUCCCUCACCCCCUCCACGAAGCGACUCCCUCAGUUCCUCGAGGUGUCCUCCCAGCACGUGGAAACCUCCUCGCAGUGCACGGAAACGUCCUCCCGCCACGUCAGGGCGUCGUCAUCCCUGAGGGUGGAGACUACUGUGCACCGUGUGGAGAGCCCAGCCAGGCGAGACAAGCAAGCCGCUCGGCAGAGUGCCAGAAUGGCUCGAUGAAGUGCCAAAGGUCCUUAGCCAGGACUGAACAGUUGCCAGCCAGCCAGCUUCCAAGAGAGCCGAGCAUCUUUGGUUUCAUGGAAAGAACCCAUAGAUCAGUGUAAGAAACAGGCUGUGGUUUCUGGGAGCUGUUAACAUUGCAGCACCUUAGACCAUACUACUGUUGACCCCAGUGUGCUAUUAACUUGAAGCCAGCACAGAAGGUUUCAGAUUUGUAGUGCUGUAUAAACCCGGCUGAUGGACAAUGAGAUUCUUUUGAGUCUCUACACCAGUAGUAUUUGGAAGACUGGCUGAAUGUGACUCUGGGAAAGUCAGGCACCUGCUUCUGGAUCGUUGAUGCUUCAGGAAGGGCGUGGGAAGGAUCCCGGUAGAUUCCCUGUGGUCCUCGUCUUAUUUUUAUCUAGGAUUCUUCCUCCAUAUUUCACUUAUUCAUGUUCCAAAGCUGGAAUGCAGAGAGAGAGAGAGAGAGAGAGAGAAUUUAAUGAAACACCUUUGCCAUAAAUCUAUAUUAUACAUUCCACAGCUUCAAAAUGACAGUGUGCGUCAAUGAAGGUAAUUGUUGCUGUACCUGUUGCACUUUGUAAAUGUGUGUGUUACUGUUAGCCAUGCUGUGUGUCUUCCUCAUCGUUCUCUGUAGAAAAUAGAGCUGCUGUACCUGGCAUGUGUUACACAGUGUUAAAGACAGCAUGUGCAACAAUAAUAAAUGAAGAGCAAUAUUCUCCAUAUGCAGUCGAGAGAGCCUUUAAUGGCACAGUCUAAUAAUUGGAUUUAUUUAUGCUGGGUAAUAGUUGUGUCUUGCCUUGAGAUGUGCCAGCCAGGUUAGUUUAAAAAAGUAAAUAAAUACAAGUUCUUGCAAAGAAGUCACUUCUUAUUCUCAUACUUUUUUAUAUAUAUUACCUGGGAGUGGUGUAUAAUAUUUACUGCCUAUUGCAUUAAAAAGAAAUGGCUGGGUGUGGUGAUGCACACCUGAAAUCCUAGGACUAGGAGAGGCUGAUGCAGGAGGAUUGCUAUGAGUUUAAGGCCAGCCAGGACUAUAUGACUAUAUAAAAGUACCAGACUAGUCAAAACUACAUAGUAAAAUCCUAUCUUGAAAAAUAAAACAAAGCAAAAGAGAGAGGAAUAAAAAAGGGGUAAGGCCACUCAGAUGGC